CUGCAGCCUGUUGUGGCCAGCUGGUGCUGGCAGCCUUCAGGUGAAAGCUGGUGGCUUUGCGAGCCAGGAGCCCUCAUCACCUUCGCAAAGCACAUGGCUCGUCCCCAUCACCGUGGCAUCAGAGCUGCAGGGGACAAGCAAGAUGUGCUGUCGUGCCUGGGCAUGGAUGAGCUCAUCCGUGGGUCUGGAGGGCAAGCGCCUGCCUCCCUCUGGUGCCAUGCUUGGUGCCAUGCUUGGUGCCAUGCCUCCUGCCGUGCCCCCGCCUGGCUCCCAUGCCAAGCCCCUCUCCACGCUCAUGUGUGUCCGCUGAGCACCCGUCCGGGUCCCCGGGGUGCCAGGGAAUGGCAACUCCCAUCCGCAUUAUCCCAAUGCCCCAGGGAUGCUCCAGAGCAUCCCUGCGCUGGCGGGGAGGAGACACCUCAGACCUGCCCAUAGGUCUGUUCCCCGAGUCCUGGGGACCUCGAGGCUGAGCUGUCCUUGCAGAAGGACCAAGCCUGGCACAGCGUGUGGCACAGGGCUCGAGGACCCCGGUCCCCCCUUCCUGAGCCCCCGCCGGCUGCUAGGACCCAGCAGCUGUCCCCGUGGGACCGCCACGAGUGCAGGCAGCGCCCGGGAGUGACAGCUGGUGCCAUCCGCAGCUGGCGGGCUGCAGGCAAACAGGAUGACGAGCGGGUGACGGGGCACGGGGAAGGGGGAGCGUGGCCUGGCGCCGGGGCCGGCAGCCCCCGUUGUGCUGCGGGAGCGACGCCGGUGAGAAGGACCCCGGCGAGGAAGGGAGCAUCACCCACUUCCCCAGGAGCAAAGGCAAGAAGAAGACAGUGGCCAUGGCUGUGGUGGGGUUUCCCUCUAAGGGAUGCAGGAGAAGAGCCCUUGCUGCCCAGGCACCGGUGCUGCUGGCUUAGACCUCCAUGGGGAUGGCGAGCCGAAUGGGGCUGAACACCACGGACAGCCUAGAGCCACUCGCCAUCCCUGAGCAGUCCAUUGCCCAGGAGGUGAUGGGCCUCCUCUGCAUGAUCCUCCUCACCCUCACCGCCCUGGUGGCCAACACAGUGGUGAUGGUUGUCAUUCUCAAAACUGCCCUUCUCAGGAAGUUCAUCUUUGUCUGCCACCUCUGUGUGGUUGACCUUCUUUCUGCCAUUUUCCUCAUGCCCCUGGGGAUCAUCUCAAGCUCCUCCUGCUUCAACAGGGUGAUCUACAGUAUUGCUGAGUGCCAGGCCUUGAUAUUCCUGAAUGUCUGCUUCAUCAGUGCCUCCAUCCUCACCAUCUCCAUCAUCAGCAUAGAGCGGUACUACUACAUCGUCCACCCCAUGAGGUAUGAGGUCAAGAUGACGAUCAGGCUGGCAGUGGCCGGAGUGAUCUUCAUUUGGGUCAAGUCUGUUCUCAUCACUGUCUUGGCACUGGUGGGCUGGCCUCAAGGCAACGGGGCCACCAGUGCCAGCCGCUGCACAGUCUACUGGAGCCCCGGGGCCCACAAGAAGGUUUUUGUGAUUAUCUUCAGCAUCGUUUGCUUUGUCCUGCCCACCAUCAUCAUCUUUGCUGUCUACUGCAGUGUCUACCGCGUGGCUCGGAUGGCAUCCCUGCAACAUGCAUCCGUGCCAGCACAGGCAGCUGCGACGAGACACCGAUCCAACUCCAUUGCCAGCCAAAUGACUAUCAUCACCACCAGGAACCUGCCACUGCCCAGGCUGAUGCCAGAGCGCUUUUUGGGAAGCAACAAGGCCAUCCUCACCUUGGUCCUCAUUGUGGGACAGUUCUUGUGCUGCUGGCUGCCCUUCUUCGCUUUCCACUUGCACUCCUCUGUCACCGCUGGCACGGUGGGUGGUGGGCACGGGGAGAUGGUGGUCACAUGGAUUGCCUACUCCUCCUUUGCCAUCAAUCCCUUCUUCUACGGGCUGCUGAACCGCCAGAUCCGGGAGGAGCUGGCCCGUCUCCGGCGCAGUUGUCUCAACCGGCCACUGGGCCAGGAGCUCUGUCUUUCUGUCUCAGAGGCCUCUGUCCAGGAAAACUUCUUGCAGUUCCUCCAGAGAGCGACUUCCACAUUGGAGACCCACGCCAGCUGCAUCAGCCCCAGCCCCAGGAACAGGUUGGACCAGACCAAGAUGGCCUUCCCCAUCCCAGGUCAAGUUCCUGAAGAGAGCAGCUGAAGAGCACGGGGCCCUGUCCCACCAUGCUGGGCAGAAGGGUGGGCAGGGGACCUGCCAGGGACCCAUCGGACCUGCUUGGACCCAGCCUCUUGGAUUUGGAGGGGUCCUUGUUUAGGGUUUGCCUCUUCUCUGAGCUUGUGGUGGCAGACAGUUUCUCUGCCUGGAGAAGACAGCAGAUCCGGGGAAGCCUCAUCUCCCUUCUGCAGGCUGGGAUUGUCUCUGGCUCCACCAGCCCAACCCAGUUGCAUGGAUGGGCUCUCCCUGGGACACGGGAAGCCAAAGGGCUCCUACACAGGGGCAGAGGAGGGAGCACCUCCUUCUCCGUCACCCCGCUGGGACCACUCGUGGCCAGCGGGGAAGAGCAGAGGUCCCUUGCACCCUGCCCAGGAGCAAUGGCCCAGCUAACACCACUAACACCAGUAACACCAGUGCCCUGGGCACCCCGCUGAGCCUGGAGGGUGAUGUGGAGCCCUCCAUCCUUGGCUGUUUAACCCAAAACUAACAUCUGGGUGGAGCAGCUCCUGUCACCUGUGGUCCUUAUCAGGGGGACGGCACCCACGGGGCUGGCUCUGGCCGUGUCUGUUUUUCCUGCUGGCAUGGCAGCAUGUUCUGCCCGUGGCCAUGCCUGGCCUUGCCCUCUGCCCCCCCCUCCCCAAGCUGGCAGGGGCUGUCCCUCCAGGGGGGGGACACUGGCCAGCCGGGGGUCCAUGCCAGGCUGUUUAUGGACACAGCUGCCCAGCUGAAGCCCAGCCAGUGGUGCCACGUGCCAGCCGAACCGGGCUACUGGCCAGGGGUGCGCUGGGGUGGACGCAGUGGCACAGAGUGGGGGGGCGGGGGGGGGGGGGGGUUGUGUGGGGUGCCCCUGCGCAGCCAGAGAGGACCAGAAGCUGCUGUCCCCCUCUGGUCCCAUUGCUUCUGCAGGGAUUGGGCACUUUCCCAUGGGGCGCCCAGUGCAAGCAAAGGGACUGGACCCUGCUGGGGGAAUGGUGGAGGGGUACAUCGCCCCCAGCCCACCCCCAAAAGGUCCCAGGGAUGGUGCUGGCAAAGUGAGUUGUAGACCCCCCCGCCCCAGUAAUAACUGGGGACUGGAGCAGAACUGCCCCAUGGCCUCUCAAACUGCCCCAUGGCAGGGAAGGGGCUCCUGGAAGGUCCCCAGAGAGAUUGGGGCUGAGGGCCAGCACCCCCCCUGGCCACAGGGACACCCCUCUGGCCACCACCCUGUGUUCCCAGGAGCUAUGGCUGCCCCUGGUGUGGGAGGGUGUCUCCACCUGGGGUGGGGGAUAUUAUUAUUUUUUUCUUGUAAAUUU